AUGAUGCACUACAUGUUGUUGUUUAGUCGGCAAGGAAAGUUAAGGCUUCAGAAGUGGUAUGUGGCACAUCCAGACAAGGUAAACGGCCCUUUACCUUGAUUUAUUCAAAUUAUAGGUAAAAAAGAAGAUAACCAGAGAGCUUGUGGCUCUAAUUUUGUCACGAAAGCCGAAGAUGUGUUCUUUCUUGGAAUACAAAGACUUGAAGGUUGUAUAUAAGAGGUAAGUGUGAUUAUUUAUGUUUUAUAAUGUUUAGGUAUGCUUCGUUGUACUUCUGUUGCGCUGUGGAACAAUCAGAUAAUGAGCUGUUGAGUUUGGAGAUAAUUCACCGAUAUGUUGAGCUUCUGGAUCGAUAUUUUGGAUCUGUAAGGCUUAGUCUUAGUAUUAUGUUUUAUUUUUCUUUAUUUGCGAAUAUUUAAGUUUGACAAUAAAUAACUUAAUGUUUGAUACUAGUUGAUUUUUUCAGGUAUGCGAGCUGGAUAUCAUUUUUAACUUCGAGAAGGCGUACUUUAUUUUGGACGAGUUUUUAUUAGCUGGGGAGAUGCAAGAAAGCAGUAAGAAACAAGUUCUGAAGGCAAUAAGUGCUCAAGAUUUAUUACAAGAUGAGGAGACAGAACAAGGAUUGUUUGAAGAUAACGGACUGGGAUAA